AUGCCCCUCCAGGUCAACGGCCUAGGGAGAUUCCGUCUGUCCUCCGCCCCGAGGAGACAAACAACCUCCGAAGGCCGGGCCAAAGAGUCCCGACGACGACGGCCACACGCCAAAUCCCGCACAGGCUGUCAUUCAUGCAAGGCCAGUCGAGUGAAGUGUGACGAGACUCGUCCGAAUUGCCAGCGGUGCUCGGAUCGUCGGAAGCCCUGCGUUUAUGACUACAGCGUUCCAGUGGGCUCGACGCAGUCUGACCUCGGUAACUACAGCGUCUCGCCGAGUGUCUCGAGCUCGUUGGUUGAAUGUGCCUAUGAUCAAGCCAGCUACCAUGGGUAUUAUGAGCGAAUGUAUCAUGGUGGCGGAAUGACGCCCGAUGCAUAUCUAUUGCAGAAUUUUGUCCAUUGCGUGGAUACCUCGUUUGCCUCGGAAGCGGGGAGGGUGAUAGCCAAGCGCUUUCUCUUGCCGGGCUGUGCGGCUACUCCGAUGCUUAUGCAUGCUCUGCUUGCGUUGUCCGCGCGGAAUAUUCAGUAUCUUCAGCCGAUGGGUCGGUUCCACGAGGUGGCGUUUAGGUACCAUGCCCAGGAAGCAUCUGGGCUGCUGAACAGAGUGAUCCAGGAGGGGGUGGAUGCUCAUAAUAUUGAUUUGGUCUAUGCUACUUGCUUGGUUAUCACCAUGAUUGCAUUUACAUCGCGUGAGGAUGCGAUGCUCCAAUCGUGGGUGUUCAAAGAAGACGAGACGUCUGUUUCUGAGUCUUCCAUCUGGUAUAUGAUACAAGAGGGCAUGGGGCAUCUAUCCCAUGUUCUGAAGCAGCACUUUAGCCAGACAUUUUGGCGGUUGAAAUAUGACUUUGGCGAUGUGAAAUCUCACAUGCUUUUUUGUGCAACUACGGGAACGAGUAUAUCAGAGCGCAAGUCUCGGAAGCCCUCGAUCCUUGCCGAUGUGUGUCAAGUUACGGCGCUGAGUACUCCGGAGAACAACGUCUAUUAUUUUCCUCUCGAGCUCUUGUCGCAUUUGUUCGAGUUGACGAGAAACGGUGACAAUGAUUUGGACAGCAUUUUGGCAUUUGGUCCCCGGGUUUCGCACGCGUUUCGCAUGCUCAUUCAGCAGAAGGAUGAGCCCGCGUUGCUGUUGUUCAUGUUGUGGCUGCGGUUGCUGUGUCGGGAAGGGUUCAGAGUGAAGACGCGAGAAUAA